AUGAUGCAGCACACCGCGCCGCCGCUGGCUUCUCCUAUACGGGAAGACUGGCGCGCACCGCCACGGAGCCUCUCCCUGCCAAAUACGCCGCACCCGGAUCGUGACCCGUUGACGCUCCCGCGCUCCUGGUACGACGCGGAGGGACGUAUACAGCUGCCGCCUCCCGUACCGUCGCGGCGCCAGUCGUUUGCGCCGGCCGGACAGCCUACGCUCCCCAGCAAGUGGAUCCACGAAUAA